UUCGUGGCAGCGGCGGCGGCGGCGGCUCUCCACUGGGUUGGCGCCUGCCUGCCAUCCCGCUCCUGGGGCCGGAGGAGUCGCCGGGGCCGGCAAACCCCUACCCCCCACCCCGUCCCUCACUGCUCUCGGCGGUUGGACCGGGUCCUGGGGGGUCCCGAGCCUGGGUUCCCCCCCACCAGGAGCCAAACCAGUUCUCAGGAGCAGAGUCGAGGAGCAGACGAGCCUUUCUCUCUGUUGGCAGCAGCAUCUGGAGAGCCGGGGCAAGCGAGCGAGUGGACCGGUGACCACCAUUAUGCUCCAGACCGUGGCACUGCUCUGGGGCCUGGCACUGUGGGGCCAGGGGGACUCGGCCAGCUCUAACCCCCACCCUCGGCUCAGACUCUCCUUCCAAGAUCUGCGGGCCCGUCACGGCCUCCUCACCUACCAGCUGGAACGCUCCUGCUGCUACGAGACGCUGCUGUUGGAUGAGGAAAGGGGCAGGCUCUUUGUAGGCGCCCAGAACCACCUGGCCUCCCUCAGCCUGGACAAUAUCAGCCUGCAGGAUAAGAAGCUGUACUGGCCAGCACCUGUGGAGUGGAGAGAAGAAUGCAAUUGGGCAGGCAAAGACAUCAGUACGGAGUGCAUGAACUUCAUCAAGAUCCUGCACCUCUACAAUCGCACCCACCUGUACGCCUGCGGCACCGGAGCCUUCCACCCCACCUGUGGCUUUGUUGAGGUGGGGCACCGCAUCGAGGAGCCCGUGUUCAAACUGGAGCUGAGCAGCUUGGAGGACGGCAAGGGCAAGAGCCCGUAUGACCCCAAGCACCGGGCUGCCUCUGUGCUCAUAGGCGAGGAGCUGUACUCGGGAGUGGCCACUGACUUGAUGGGCCGGGACUUCACCAUCUUCCGCAGCCUGGGCCGCCGGCCCUCGCUCCGCACUGAGCAGCAUGACUCCCGCUGGCUCAACGAGCCCAAGUUCGUGAAGGUUUUCUGGAUCCCCGAGAGCGAAAACCCCGACGACGACAAGAUUUAUUUCUUCUUCCGCGAAACGGCGGUGGAGGGUCCCCCCGGGCUGGGCCGGUCCCCUGUCGCCCGCAUCGGCCAGAUCUGCAGGAAUGACUUAGGUGGCCAGAGGAGCCUGGUGAACAAGUGGACAACCUUUCUGAAGGCGCGGUUGGUGUGCUCGGUGCCUGGCACAGAUGGUGCCAGCGACACAACUUUUGAUGAGCUACGUGAUGUCUUCCUGCUGCCUUCUCGGGACCGCCGCAGCCCUCUCCUCUAUGCCGUCUUCUCCACCUCCAGUAGCAUCUUCCAGGGCUCGGCCGUAUGCCUGUACAGCAUGAACGACGUGCGUCGGGCCUUCCUGGGACCCUUUGCCCACAAAGAGGGGCCCAACUACCAGUGGGUGUCAUAUCAAGGUCGUGUGCCCUACCCCCGCCCAGGCAUGUGCCCCAGCAAGACCUUUGGCACCUUCAGCUCCACCAAGGACUUCCCGGACGAUGUGAUCCAGUUUGCUCGCAACCACCCUCUCAUGUACUCUCCAGUGUUGCCCGUGGGUGGGCGCCCGCUCUUCCUGCGUAUAAGUGCCGGCUACACCUUCACCCGGAUCGUGGCCGACCACGUGGCGGCCGCCGAUGGGCACUACGACGUUCUCUUCAUUGGUACAGAUGUUGGCACAGUGCUGAAGGUCAUCUCAGUCCCCGGGGACAGUGGGGCCAACAUGGAAGGGCUACUCCUGGAAGAGUUGCAGGUGUUCCAGGACUCUUCAGCUAUUACCAAUAUGCAGAUCUCCUCCAAAAGGCACCAGCUCUACGUGGGUUCACGGAGUUCGCUCUCCCAGCUGCCUCUGCACCGCUGCAGCGCCUAUGGGCGGGCCUGUGCCGAAUGCUGCCUGGCACGAGACCCCUAUUGCGCCUGGGAUGGGGCUGCCUGCACCCGCUACUUGCCCAACACCAAGAGGAGGUUUCGGCGCCAGGAUGUGAGAAAUGGAGACCCCAACACCCUCUGCUCUGGAGAUCCUCCCCGCCUGACAUUGCUGGAGAAGAAGGUGUUUGGGGUGGAGGGCAACAGUGCUUUCCUGGAGUGCCAGCCCAGGUCACUCCAGGCCCAAGUACUGUGGACUUAUCAACGCACUAAUGACAGUCCCCGUGUCCCGGUGCACCUGGAUGAGCGGGUGAUACAGACCGAGCGGGGCAUCUUGCUGCGGAGCUUGGGACGUCUGGAUGCUGGGGUCUAUCACUGCCACACCCAGGAGCACAGCUUCACCCAGCCAUUGCGCCGCCUGGCCCUGACUGUGCUGGGGACCCACCAUGCUGAACAGUUAGCCCGGGAGGAGUUCCUGGGCCCCAGAGCCACAUCCCCCGCCAGUCACAAGCUGUGGUAUCGGGACUUCCUGCAGCUGGUGGAGCCGGUGGGUAGCAUGGGCCAGAUGUGUGAGCAGCUGUGGAGCCGCAAAGAGCUUCAGUUCCCGCCGCCCGGGCUCCAGCCAGCUGGGCCUCGGCCCCAUGGGCACAAGUGGAAGCACCUGGAGAAGCGCAAGGGACGGAACCGCCGGACCCACCCCGAGCCUCGGGCUGAGCGGGGGCCACGCAGUGCCAUCCCCUGGUGAUCGACCCUACCUAGGGCCCUGCAGCCAGUGAG